UCCACAAAAUCUUCCAAUGUGGGCACUAAUUAAAUUCAGGUGCUUGUGCUCGAAUGGAUAUAAAAGAGCAAUACUUUUCUAAGACUGGCAUCAUCCCCUCAUAAAAUCAGAAUACACGACGGUGGGAAACUAUCUAAUUCAAGGUUCAACCAGGUUUUCCGCUUUUGCCACAUAUGACACGGUCAAAACAACCAAAAAUGUGGCCAGUGUAAAAUGAGAAGGACUUUUGCUCUAUCUCCCCUCCCUAAUGUUCAGCGGUGAGGUAUGGCACUGAGAGAGUCCCCAUUCUCUAAUGGAUUUGUGGAGGGUCUCCAUGCUUUGGGAUGGGGGCUCAUUCUCCCCUGUUUCUGGUUCCUCGACCGUCUCAUCGCGGUGUGCAUGUCCACCAGUCUGGAGCGCAAACAGCGGCAAGAGCAGGAGUGCUACCUCCACCCUCUCAAAGUCUUCUUCGGUUCCAUUGUCUUCUUCGUCCUCUUUGUCAUCACAGCACCGAUUGCCUUUUUGGGGUUUCUGCUCUGGGCUCCCCUUCAAGCAGCUCGCCAGCCUUUCUCGUAUCACCGCGAGGUGCCAUCUCUAUCACUGGAGGACAGGAAUGUUGGUUGGGAGGAGGCUGGAAGAGUAACCUUUGGAUUUGUGACCGCAAACCUGUGCCUGUUGCCAGACAGCCUGGCGCGCUUCAACAAUCUCGGACACACGCAACGGCGCGCCGCGGCCAUCGGUAAGAACAUCGUGCAGGGCGUAAACCGCCCACACAUCCGUAUCUUCGUGGACUCACCCAGUAGUUGCGGCACUCUUAGCCCCUCCAGCAGCCUGCUACCCCAGUCAGCUCCCACCUCGUAUGGGUCUAUAGAGGCCGGCGCUCAGUCCAACACUACGGAUAGGACAGAAGGUAACCCCUGUGCGGACAUGGUUGCGUCUUCGCCUUGUGAUGACGACGUCUGCUUUUCCCCACCGUCGGCGCGUCCGAACCAUCAGCAGCCGUCCGUGACCAAUAGCAACCAAAACUCCAAUCAGCAAGGUGGUAGGGGACGCAGACACCCCCCGCGGGCCUUUCAGACGCUGGGCAAGGACAGCGAUGUGCCAGUGGAGGUUUCCACAUUGUUCCCUGCCGGUGUUGAUAUUGUGUGUUUAGAGGAGGUGUUUGAUAAGAGGGCAGCUCGGAAGUUGACCAAUGCAUUGGCACCGCUCUUUGGGCACGUGCUCUAUGAUGUGGGUAUCUAUGCCUGCCAUCCUCCUGGCAGAUGCUCCUCCUUCAAAUUCUUCAACAGUGGCCUGUUCUUAGCCAGCCGUUACCCCAUACUUGAGGCCCAGUACCACUGUUUCCCCAACAGCCGGGGAGAAGAUGCCCUGGCGGCCAAAGGUCUGCUCACUGUCAAGCUGCAAUUAGGUCUGGAAAGGAGAGAGAAGAAAAUGGUUGGAUAUUUUAACUGCACUCACUUACAUGCUCCUGAAGGCGAUGGAGAGAUAAGAUGUGAGCAACUUAACAUGAUUACCGACUGGAUUGACGAGUUUCAGGGAACAACCAAACAGGAGGAUGAACUUGUUAUGUUUGACGUUCUUUGCGGAGACUUCAAUUUUGACAACUGCUCACCUGAUGACAAGCUGGAGCAGACACACAGGCUGUUUGAGAAGUACAGAGACCCCUGCAGAGCUGGUCCUGGUAAAGAGAAGGACUGGGUUAUUGGCACUUUGCUUGAACAGCCUUCCUUGUAUGACGAACAUGUGAGCACCCCAGAGAACCUACAGAGGACUUUAGAAAGAGAAGAACUGCGUAAGGAGUACAUAGCACCCCCGGUGCCUCUGAAGGACACUCCCCACGAGUACCCUGAGCCUGGGAAACCCUGGGUGGGCCGGCGCAUUGACUACAUCCUGUACAGAGAGAGCUCACUUGCCAAACUUUGCCAAACAGAAGUGGAAGAGUACACCUAUGUGACCCAGCUGGCUGGUUUAACUGACCAUAUUCCUGUUGGCCUGCGACUCAAUGUAAACCUGGGAUCUGACGACAAUGAGCCAUAAAAUAAGACACAUGCUGCUUACACCUUAGGCAAAGCCUAAAAUGUUAUAGAUGCAAUGUACAGAGUACUGUUUACCACCCCUGGAAACGGGAAAAUCAAGGGAAAUUGUGUAAAGGUGAAAA